GUUCACGUUGAACCUCCGAAUGUUAUCUUUAGUUUUGUUAGGCCUAACGCUUUUAGCGUUGGGCUGGUAUUAUAUUAAGCACCAUUACUCAUAUUGGGAGCGUCGUGGUUUUCCGUAUGAUAAAAACGCCAGCAUCCCAUUUGGGUGUCUGGCCAGCGUCUGGAGAAUGGAGAAGGCCAUGGGCAUGGCCGUCUAUGAUGUGUAUAAAAACAGUAAAGAGCGUUUUUUGGGCACCUAUCUACUCUUCCGGCCGGCUGUUUUGGUACGCGAUGCUGAGCUGGCUCGUCGUGUCUUAGCUCAGGACUUCGCAAGCUUUCACGAUCGCGGCGUAUACGUGGACGAGCAUAAGGAUCCUCUGUCAGCGUCAAUAUUUGCGCUGCGCGGUCAAAGCUGGCGUUCCAUGCGGCACAAGCUGUCGCCGUGCUUUACUUCUGGCAAGCUGAAGGGCAUGUACAGCACAUCAGAAGACAUUGGCAUCAAAAUGAUAGCCCAUUUGCAAAAAGAGCUGCCCGAGCAGGGUUCCAAAGAGGUGGAUCUGAAGGCGGUGCUUCAAACCUAUGCCAUCGAUAUAAUUGCCUCAGUUAUAUUCGGACUCGACGUGAAUAGCUAUGAACAGCCAGACAAUAAAUUCAAGAAACUGGUUACUAUAAUACGACGCAAUACCCGCUUUACGGCACUCUUCGGAAUGAUGAUUUUCCUGGUUCCUCCUGUCGCCAAGUUUUUGUUUCGCAUUGGCUUCAAGAAUCCUGUUGGACUGGCCAUGUUGGCCAUUGUCAAAGACACCAUCGAAUAUCGUGAGCAGCACGGCAUUGUGCGCAAGGACAUGCUGCAGUUGCUCAUGCAGCUGAGGAACAAGGGCAGCAUUGACGAUGACGACAGCAAAAGCUGGAGCCUUCAGACCAAUGAUGAUGGUCAAUUACAGAGUAUAUCUUUGGAAACAAUCACCGCCCAGGCUUUUAUAUUUUACGUAGCUGGACAGGAGACCACCGGCUCGACGGCUGCAUUUACAAUCUUCGAACUGGCACAGUAUCCAGAGCAUCUAAAACGUUUGCAAAGCGAGGUGGAUGAGACACUCAAGCAAAACGAUGGCAAAAUAACCUACGACGUACUGAACAAGAUGGAGUUUCUGGAGCUAUGUCUGCAGGAAACUAUGCGUAAAUAUCCCGGUCUGCCAAUGCUAAAUCGUGAAUGCACGCAGGACUAUACAAUCCCGGACACGGACCAUGUCAUAAAGAAGGGCACUCCGGUGGUCAUCUCGCUGCAUGGCAUGCAUCGCGACGCAGAGUAUUUCCCAGAUCCUGAAAAAUACGAUCCCUAUCGUUUUGCUGAGGAUACCAAAAACUAUAAUCCGAUAGCCUAUAUGCCCUUCGGUGAGGGUCCCAGGAUAUGCAUUGCCCAGCGCAUGGGUCGCGUUAAUGCCAAAUUGGCCAUAGUCAAGAUACUGCAGAACUUCAACAUCGAGGUGAUGAGCAAACGGGAUCUGGAGUUUGAAACCUCCGGCAUUGCGCUGCUGCCCAAGGGUGGGGUCAAAGUGCGCCUCUCCAAAAGGAUGCCCAACUGAAUGAAAUUUGUUGAAAAAUUGCGAAACAAUUUAUACCAACAGUUUUCCAUUAAGAUAGCGCAUAGUGAUUAGUUGAUAGCAGUUAAGUCGCCUUAUCAAUGACCACCAAAUAAUUAGCCUGAUUAUUUUAUGAAUAGAGUCAACACUUUUAUUAAAUGCCUGCAAUGUACUUGUAGUUUCUCUCAGAU